AUGGAAACAGAUGAGGCUCAAGAUAUGUCCCAAGUUUCAGGAAAGGAAAGUCCUCCAACUAGUGAUGUCCCUGAUGAUCCAGAUGAACCUAUGCCUAUACCAGAGGACCUUUCAACUAGUACUGGAGGUCAGCAGAGUUCUAAGAAUGACAGAAUCUUGGCUGCAUACGGGGCGGAAGGCUUUAGGGACUUUCAUGCAAUAAUUCCCAAAUCUUUUUCCACUGGUAAUAUUAAAAUAGAGACUCAGAGUGAUGAAGAGAAUGGGCGUGCCUGUGAAAUGAAUGGGGAAGAAUGUGCGGAGGAUUUACGAAUGCUUGAUGCCGCAGGAGAGAAAAUGAAUGGCUCACACAAUGGCCCAGGCAGCAAGGCUUUGUCAGGAGUUGGAGGCAUUCGACUUCCUAACGGAAAGCUAAAAUGUGAUAUCUGUGGGAUAAUUUGCAUCGGUCCCAAUGUGCUCAUGGUUCACAAACGAAGCCACACUGGAGAACGCCCUUUCCAGUGCAAUCAGUGUGGAGCCUCCUUCACCCAGAAGGGCAACCUCCUGCGCCACAUAAAGCUGCACUCUGGUGAAAAGCCCUUCAAGUGUCACCUGUGUAACUAUGCUUGCCGCCGCAGGGAUGCCCUCACGGGACACCUGAGGACUCACUCAGUUGGCAAACCCCAUAAGUGUGGAUACUGUGGUCGCAGUUACAAGCAGCGCAGCUCUUUGGAAGAACAUAAAGAACGCUGCCAUAACUACCUUCAAACCAUGAAUCUCUCAAGCAGCAUCUAUCCAGUCAUAAAAGACGAAAGUAACCAGAGUGAAAUGGCUGAAGACCUGUGCAAGAUAGGGUCAGAAAGAGCCCUCGUGCUGGAUAGACUAGCAAGUAACGUCGCCAAACGUAAGAGCUCUAUGCCUCAGAAAUUUGUUGGUGACAAAUGCUUGCCUGAUCUGCCAUACGAUGCCAGCAUCAACUACGAGAAGGAGAACGAGCUGAUGCAGACACACGUGAUCGACCAGGCCAUCAACAACGCCAUCAGCUACCUGGGGGCAGAGUCCCUGCGCCCCCUCGUCCAGACACCGCCGGGCGGCUCUGAGGGAGUGCCCGUCAUCAGCCCCAUGUACCAGCUCCACAAACCUCUUGGGGACAAUCAGAUUCGCUCCAACCUCCCUCAGGACAGCGCAGUGGAAAACUUGUUGCUGCUUUCCAAAGCCAAGUCUGUCUCCUCGGAACGAGAUGUCUCUCCCAGCAACAGCUGCCAAGACUCAACAGAUACAGAGAGCAAUAAUGAGGAGCGCAGUGGUUUGAUCUACCUGACAAACCACAUAGGUGCCCAUGCAAGAAAUGGCAUCUCUAUAAAAGAAGAAAACAGGCAAUACGACGUCUUGAGAGCAGGCACUGACAAUUCCCAGGAUGCUUUCAAAGUGAUCAGCAGCAAUGGGGAGCAAGUAAGGGUUUACAAGUGUGAACACUGUCGAGUCCUUUUCUUGGAUCACGUGAUGUAUACAAUCCAUAUGGGCUGCCACGGGUUCCGUGAUCCUUUUGAAUGCAACAUGUGUGGCUACCACAGCCAGGACAGGUACGAAUUCUCUUCCCACAUAACUCGAGGGGAGCACCGUUUCCACAUGGGCUAAAACACUGGCACAGAUCAAGCCUCAACAGCUGCGUUACUGGAGCUGCACGAGCCAUGACAGCAACAAAGCAAA